AUGGCGUCGAAUCGGGAAAGAAUAAGGAGGGCUUGUGCAGAGAUGAAGAGAUUGUACGGCACGCCAGAACCAACAGUGAAGGCGGCGCUGAAACAUCUUCUAACUUUUUUCAGUAAUGCAUGGGAUCGUGUUGAAGAAAAUAACUACAACGCGAUUUUUGAAUGGACACUGGAGAAUGAUAAGGAAAAAGAAAAUAAGAAAUUAGAAUCGAGGCUGGUGCCAAUUUUCUCACAAGAGGAAGCUGAAGAGCCUGAACCUCCAUUAAAAAGGUGUAAAAUAAAUCAGAAUGAGAAGCAUAAGGGAUUGUCAACAACAGAGUGGAAACAACUGGAUGAAGCUGCACCUCAAACAAAUGAACCUUCUCAUGCUCAACCACCUCUUGGAACAAUUAGAGACAUGAAAAAGGAUAGGCCAGUGACGGCUGAUACUGAUCCUAAUGGGAAAGCUUCAGUCUUUGAGAAUGGAACUGCUGAAUACCUCACUAAUGGCAGAAAGAACUCUACCAAUCUUCAAACUCUUGCUCCUUUUGAUGUUUGCAAUGGUAAAGAUGUUGGGAACUUAUCAGUUGAAAGUGAAAAGAAGAAUAUUGAGGGGUUUAAUAAUCACAAACAAUCUUCAAGCUCAUGCAAUGGAAUCCCCACCAAUCCUAUUUUUGUUAAAGACAUAACACGGGGUGAGGAAAGAAAUCCAAUUUCUUUGGUGGGCGACAAUGGUGGUAGCUCUUUGCAGUUGCCCAAGUUUUUCUACAUAUCAAAGAACGUAGUUUACAAAAACGCAUAUGUAAACUUCUCGCUCGCGAGAAUAUCCGAUCAUCAUUGGUGCUCACAUUGUUACGGAGAUUGUCUCUCAUCUCCGGCCAAUUGCGCCUGCACCGGCGAAACUCGGGGCGACUUUGCCUACACAAGUGAAGGGCUAGUUGAGGAGAAAUUUUUAGAUGAAUGCAUAGCCAUGAGCCGGAGGAAAAUCAAGAAAGACCAUCUCUAUUACUGCGAAAAUUGCCCAUUGGAGAACCCUUUGGUUACAAGUAGGAAGCAACAGAAAAGAAAGAAACCAAAACGGGCUUGUAAGGGCCAUCUGAUGAGAAAAUUCAUUAAGGAAUGUUGGGCUAAAUGUGGAUGCAGUAGAAAUUGUGGAAACCGUGUUGUUCAGAGAGGAAUUACAGUGAAACUGCAGGUGUUUCAAACCCCCCAAGGAAAAGGAUGGGGAGUUCGAACACUUGAGGAUUUGGAGAAGGGAACUUUUGUUUGCGAGUAUGUUGGUGAAAUUGUCACAAAUCUGGAACUCCAUGAACGCAAUGAAGAAAGCUGUGAAGAGGAACAUACGUAUCCAGUGCUUCUUGAUGCAGACUGGGCGUCUGAAAGACACUUGAAGGAUGAAGAAGCUCUUUGCUUGGAUGCAACAAAAUUUGGAAAUGUUGCAAGGUUUAUCAAUCACAGGUGUUACGAUGCAAACUUGGUUGAGAUUCCCGUGGAAGUGGAGACUCCUGAUCAUCACUACUAUCAUAUUGCAUUUUUCACAAGUAGAAAGAUCAAAGCGAACGAAGAAUUGACUUGGGACUAUGGCAUUGAUUUCGAUGAUGAAACUCAUCCAAUCAAAGCAUUCGAGUGCAAGUGUGGAAGCCUUUUUUGUUGCAUGAAGAAUCGAUCUUUGCCUCGAAUAGUAUGAGCUUGAAGCCAUACCAGCGUUGCUUAGGAUGACCAUUUGGUUUAAGAAA